UCCAAAAGUACUUUUCAGGAUGACAGUGAUCAUUCUACUCCUGCUGGUACUUGCGUUGACAUUUUCUGAAGCGGAGGACAAUGAGCUAUUCUCCGUGAUCAGCACCCCCCCUGAGAAGGGCCAGAGUGUUUUACCUGGCCAGAAUCAGAGCACGAGGCUAGGGGUCAAAGACCCCUCUCCCCCCAUCAACGAGCUCCUGGAAAAGGGCAGCAAAGUCGGGGACUCCAAGUAUGCCCUCCACCCCCUUCCCUCGGGGGUCUGGCCCAAGCACAGUGACCCUCGCCCCGGCCUCCACAAUAAGAGCAAGAAGGGCCCUAAAUUUGACCGCCUGAUUGAGCACAACAGCGAGAAGAACCGCGGCGAGGUGAGUCUAGUGCUUCCCAAAAUGCCACUGACCGCUGCCACCAACCGCACACAGAAAGUAAACGUGGACCCUCACCGGGACCCCCACACCAACUUCAACAACCCCCCACAGAGUGACCCGGACAGUCACCCCAACUCCAGACCCAGGGGCCAACCUCACUCGGCCCCCUCCCCUCGCAGGGACCCCUCAACCAGAAAGCUGGACCCGGAGGAGAACCGCCCUGGGGGGAAGUCCAGUCUGUACCAGUCCGGCGGCGCCACCCAGAAUAACAGCCGCUCAUCUGUGCUCCUCAACCGUCGCUCCUCCAGCCUGCUCUACCAUUUCGACAUUCUGAAACGAGAGUCUGACUUCCCUCACGAGGCCGUCUGCAUGAGUGAGUGCAGGAAGGAGAAGGAGGAGAGAGAGCACUACUGCUACAGUGAAUUUGCCGUCAAUGGGGUCGUUCACGACAUAGAGGUGGUGCGUAAGGGGAUUAGACUCCUCACACUGAUGGUGAGCAGCGAUGGCUUCUACAAGAUGAGCCGCCUCUACGUCACUCCAGACAGCUUCUUUCUCAAAGUGCGUCUCCUUGUCCUGGACACCUACAAAUGUAGCAAGCCUUGUCCUGACAUCAAACUAGGUAGCCGGUACAUUGUAAUGGGUCAGAUCUACCACCGGAGGCGCCACCUCCCCAACGACCUCUUGGCACUGCUGGGGGGAAAACUGAAGCCAGGGGACGGCCUCCUGCGUAGCAACAACUACGUCAAGCGCUUCAACAAGAGGAGACACCAGAAAGCCCUGGAGGCCACCCGCUCCAAGUGUAGGUAAAACCAAAACAGACUAUCGCAGGGGCGGAAAAGACAUUGCAGUCGUCAACAUGAAGUGACUGUGACCUAUAACCCCUACAGCAUUUCAGCAGAGACGUAGAUGGACGAGGCCAAUAUGUUGUUUUUUUUCCGGCAUGGACCUCCUGCACUUGUUUGUGUCAUAAUCCAGGUUGAGUGGUAAUGUUUUUGCUUGUCUGUCUUUACCUUGAGACUUUGCGUCCUCCUUGAUAGAAGACACAAGUGGAGUCUAUAUCAAAGGUUCUCGUCUUUCAUCCUCUGCUUGAAGUAUUGCCCCAUCAGAUUUCCUAAAUGGAUUAUUAUAUUAUUUAGUUUUUAAACCUUUAUUUAACUAGGCAAGUCAGUUCGAACAAAUGAUUAUUUACAAUGACUGCCUACCCGGGCCAAACACGGACGACACUUAUUAUUGUGAAUGAGCAUAGAGUUGGCUAGAGGGCAAACUUAACAAAGAUAAAAGAUGAGCUCUCUAGUAUUUCUCUACUCUAGUCAUUUAUUAAGAUGUCAUAGUACUGAAAAUGAUACUUUAUUCAUGCCUGGUAGUUGAAUCGGUCAGAUCAGUGCCUCUCAAAUUGGUUUAUUUUACGAUUGAAAAAUUCUGCCAGUGAACCCAGAGUUCUGGUUCAAUGGAAUAAUUCAGGUAGAGGACAUUUUCAUUGGCUAAUCCGAUGUAAAACAACUUUUCAUCAGAAUGUUUUGGUUGUCCCGUGUCAACACUUGAAGAUGGUGUAUGAGCAUGUGACUGAAGCCCAUAUUUACCCCGAGGGAGGAAGACUUCAAACUCCAGCCCCACUAUUCACACGAACACACCCGCACAUCUUCAAUUUGGCUUGUUCCAAGUUAUCCUAAUCAUCCAUGUUCCAAGUUAUCCUAAUCAUCCAUGGGAAAGACGAUCUGUUCAGAUCUAGAUCUAAUCACACUGGUGAUUCUCCAAUGGCAAGUGUCCAAUCCCAUUUCCCCUUUAGCACUUGGUAGGAAACUUUAUUGACUGAAUAUACAAUACUUCCUAUUGACUGAAUAUACAAUAACAGCAAACUCCUAUUUAUGCCUGUAAGAAAAGCUGUCAAAUUUUCAUACUGUUUUUUUGUGCCUGUCAUUUGAUUGCAGGAAAUGCACUUUUACUGUAUGUGAAAAAUAAGGGGGGGGUAGGAUGAAAGACUGGAAAAGCAUCAACAACAAACCCCAGAGGAGGAAAAGUUGAGGAGAGAGAAAAGAGACAAAUCAACCCAUUUUUCUAAUAUUAAAGAUGUGUACAGUUUGAAAUAUCCAAUGGAGAAAACAGACUUCGUAAGGGAACCGUGUGGUAUUAGUGAGUGUUUUUGUACAUCUAAUCAGGGGAAUCUGAUCCCCAGCGCACCUGGACACACGGGCUUCAGAAAAGUGAGUCUCUCCUUGCCGGUUCUUUUUGGAGAUGGUGGGGGGAAAGCUAAUGCCACCUCUGGCCUUUACUUGUUCAAACACGCAAACAUACACACGCGCGCACACACACACACACACACACAUCCGAUGGGGCAAAAGCUCAAAGGAGGCAUUUGAGAGUGGCAAAGGGAAGAUGAGAAGGGGAAGGAGAGCGGGAGGAGAAGUGAAGGAGGGAAGGUGAAAAAGAAAGAAGGAAAAGGUUAUAGCGCCUUCAGAAAGUAUUCACACCCUUUACUUUUUCCACAAUUUGUUGUAUUACAAAGUGGGAUUAAAAUGGAUUUUAUUGUAAUUUUUGGAAGGUGGAAGAAUAAAAAAAAACAUUUAUUACAAAUUUAUGAAAAAUUAAAUACUAAUAUCUUGAUUAGGUAAGUAUUCAUCUCCCCAUAGACAAUACAUGCUAGAAACACCUUUGGAAGAUAUUACAGUCUUUGUAGGUAAGUCUCUAAGUGCUUUGCACACCUAGAUUGUACAAUACUUGGCCAUUAUUCUUUGUAAAAUUCUCCAAGCUCUGUCAAGUUUGUUGUUGAUCAUUGCUAGAAAGCCAUUUUCAAGUCUUGCCAUAGAUUUUCAAGCCAAUUUAAGUCAAAACUGUAACUAGGAACAUUCAAUGUUGUCUUGGUAAGCAACUCCAGUGUAGAUUUGGCCUUGUGUGUUAGGUUAUUGUCCUGCUGAAAGGUGAAUGUGUCUGUUGGAAAGCAGACUGAACCAGUUUUUCCUCUAGGAUUUUGCCUGUGCUUAGCUAUACUCCCUUUAUUUUUAUCAUAAAAAACUCCUGAGUCCUUGCCGAUGACAAACAUACCCAUAACAUGAUGCAGCCACCACCAUGUUUGAAAAUAUUAAGACUGGUACUCAGUGGUGUGUUGUUGGAUUUACCCCAAACAUAAUGCUUCGUAUUCGGGACAAAAAGUUCAAAUCAGCAAUGGCCUCAUAGUGAAAUCCUUGAGAAGUGUUCUUCCUCUCUUGCAACUGAGUUAGGAAGGAUGCCUGAAUCUCUGUAGUGACUGGGUGUAUUGAUACACCAUCCAAAACCUAAUGAAUAACUUCCCCAUGCUCAAAGGGAUAUUAUUAUUUUAUUCAUCUACCAAUCGGUGGCCUUCUUUGAGAGACUGAAAAACCUCCAUGGUCUUUGUGGUUGAAUCUGUGCUUGAAAUUCACUACUCGAUUGGGGGACCUUACAGAUAAUUUUAUGUGUGAGGUACAGAGAUGAGGAAAUCAUUCAAAAAUAAUGUUAACCACUAUUAUUGAACACUGAAUGAGUCCAUGCAACUUAUGUGAUUUGUUAAGCACAUUUUUACUCCUGAACUUAUUUAGGCAUGCCCUAACAAAGGGGUUGAAUACUUAUUGACUCAAGACAUUUCAGCUUUUCAUUUUUUUAAUAAUUAAAAAAGUGUUCUACAAAAAAAAUCAAUUUUUACAUUAAUGGAGUACUGUGUGUAAAUCGGUGACACAAAACCUCAAUUUAAUACAUUUUAAAUUCAGGCUGUAACACAACAAAAUGUGGAAAAAGUCGAGGGAAGUGAAAAUUUCCUGAAGGCACUGUGUGUACACACAUCAAGACAGAGAGAGACCCCGGGCUCUCUCCAUUCCUGAGGGAAAACUUUGACUGGAUGAUAAGAUAGACAUCCAGGCCACAGACCCUUGGUCUGGCCUGUCAUCUUUGACUAUCCUCAUACUUAAAAUGAGCAAAAAGCCAAAGGUUUGCACUGUGUGCACAUAUCUCAUCUCAUACUACAUUGAACUAAUAAAAGAUGCAUUUGUUAUUUA